AUGGCGAUAGGGGUAUCCAGAUUAAAUCGAAAGGCUAUCUACAAUCUGAAGAAGGAUGCGGCAGACAAACUGACAGCACAAAACAUUGAUGAAUAUGCCCUUUCCCUGAAGAGCACAGAUCAAUCUCUUCCAGGGCUGUCUGGACCGGCGACUAUUGAUACAAAAUCAGUGACCAACGAGGAAUGGCAAGCAUUCUCCACAGGAUCAAUCGAGGCUGGAGAUAGACAAUUAAUGAAUUCACACGAACUUCGAAGCCUAAUUGACGGUAUCCUGCAACAGAUUUCCUCAGAUCAGCGAAGACAGGUUGAAGCAACUAAUCGGGCCCUAGCGAAACGUAUUUCUGAAACGCGUAGUGCAAAAGGAAAAUUGGAAGAACACUUGGCUGCUGUUCUAAAAGAAAUCUCCAAUGCAGAGGACACUGUUUCUGAUGUGAAGAAGGCAAUUGAAGACAAAGAUGGUGCUCUGAGAUUAACCGGUACACGAAUUGAUUUGAGAAAAGAAAGACCGAAUAUAGAGUUAUGCAGGGAUCCUGCCACGUAUCGUUUGAUUCAAGAAAUUGGAGAAAUCACACACGAUGUGGCCCAGUUGCAGCAUCGCCUCAACUUGGCUCACGAUUCUCUCAAAGCUUUGUGUCGUCGACAACUGGACCUAGAAGAAGAGAUUCAAAUCAAGGCAUCCACUCUCUACAUUGAUGAAGUUCAAGUGAAUGGAAUGCGUCAGAGUAUCCUGAUAACUUCCUUCUAA